UUGCAUGAUUCGUACCCUUUUCGUCCAAAAGCCAAUCAUAAUGAAAAUACCGAGAGGGAGAGAGAGGGAAAGAGAAACUGUGUUACCACUGUUGAGUUGCAUGCAGCAGCACUGUGAUUGCUGCUGCUGCUUUGCCAUUCAGCUUUGUUUUUGACCAACUUCAUGCCAAUUGCGACCAUUUUUUAUUUUUUACUGAUAGAGAGAUUGAAAAAUGUCCCAUUAUGCAUUGCCAUCUAUGUGCAAAAGUGGCAACUAUCCGUUGGCCGAAUGAGAAAACUAACUUCAUACAAACCUGAACGAAAACGAAGUUUCGCAAAUCGAAACCGACGAACGAAACGACGAAGAAGAAGAAGAUGACGAAAAAUUGGGAUGCCAGUGUUUUGAGUUCCUCUCUCAAUCCCACGGAAUUGUCACAUUCGCCAUUUGAUAAAACUCAAGUUUGAAAAAAAAAACCAAUUUGAAAGAACAGGAAAAAAAACAUUCCGAAAAGUGGUCAACCAUAUUUUCCAAUGACUAAAACGAAUAAUUUUAUUUAAAAAAAUCAACUCCGAGUGAACAAUUUGAAAGAAGAUGAACUGAAAAAAGAAAUAAUGUUAAUGUUGUCGAUGUAACGUUCAAUUGAAUUUAUAUUGUAUUUGACUGAACGACGAAUUUAACCAACCGGCAGAAUAAAAAUCAAUAAUUGCAUAACGUGAUCGGUUCCAUUGAAAAUUGUCAGAUGGGUCAAUCAAUUGAACGAAAAAGUUUUCGAUGUGCUCAAUAUUCAGCAGCAACAAAUUCAAAAAAAAUAUUAGAAAAUUUCUUCGCAUAAAAUAAAUAAAUACCAUUACUUUGGAGCUACAGUAUUGCCAUAUGAGACCAUCAUUGCAUUGUUGAGUGUGUGAGUGUUCAAAAUAAAACACAUAUGAACAAACAGUGCCAGUAUACUUGAACAGUGAAUACUAUUCACUGAAUAGGAAUGAAAGAAAAAAAAAACUAUACACACAUCCAACACAAAUCGAAUAAAGUGAUGUUUUGGUUUUUUGCUACACACAUACGCGAGGAUCGGUGCUGCUGUAUGGUCGAAAUGUCAUUGGAUUUGUGCAAAAUUAUGGUUGAUGAUAUUAUUUGUGUAGAUGUCUUGUGAACACACAAGAGUGUCGUCCAAGUAGCCAAAAUAAAAUAGAAAAAAAGUGGUUAAGAAUAUAGAGAGAAAAAGGGAGCGUGAAAAAAGGUAUCCAAAAAACGAGAAAGAACAAACUCAGCUCCAAAAAAAAAUUAAGCGACGACAAGUUGUUUGGCACUUUUCUGUGGCAUUGAUUGCUUACCAAAAUUGUGUUCAUUUGAGAAUUUUUGUGUACGACCAGAGACAACACACAAACGGGAUACGAAAAUUCGAGCCAGUGGAAAAAUUACUAAAUCAAAUGUAUAUGUGCAAUUAAUUAGAUGCUAGUGGAUGUGACAAGGAAUAGUGUUGAUCUGUUUUUUUUUUCUAUUGCCUCCAAUCUCUGCUUGGAUCAUCUGUUGGGCUGUUUCCAUCAAAUCUUUCAGCUAGGCCAGCCACAUUGAGUGUGAAUUUCGUUCGUUUUGCUCUCCAAUUCGAAUGUUUGGACAUGAAAAUAGACAUUUUAAUUUGAAUGCUCGCAUGAAAUCGACGAGGAUCAAAUUUAUAUGUACCAGUGAAAUUGGUUCGGAAUUCGACCUACCAACGGAAUAACAAAUAAUCCAUCAAUGGCGACUGAAGACAAAUUGAAGCGAACGGUCAAAAUUGAAAAUGUGGACACGAGGCAAUCACCACCAAAGGCCAUUGUUGAUUGUAGCCCACUUCAGCCAGCUAUUAGUAAAAAUAAAGAAGCUCUAAAAAUCAAGCUAAUGGUGAGACGGCCGAUAGCGCAAUUAGUUGACCAAGGCAUUAUUCCUUCAUUGAAGUCAUCGCCCGCCUUGCAUGAGCAACGAAAGCAAUUGGAACGCGCCAAAACGGGAGACAUUCUGAAAGCGAAAAUUCAACAGCGACCCGAUCGCCAAGAGCUUGAACGUCGUCACAUUCUUGAACAUGACGAAGGUCAUGUGGAUCCCAGUCUUGCCGAAAGACAACGUAUGCUGAAAAAAGCACGUCUUGCCGAUCAAUUGAACUCACAAUUAUCGCAUAGGCCCGGCCCAUUGGAGCUGAUCGCAAAAAAUAUUCUUCACACUGAAGAGCCCAUCGAACGAAUCGUUAAAGAGGGCCUUAUCUCAUUUAAGGCAACCAGCGAAGGUCUACUGAAUCGUCCGCAACAGCCAAACGGUUACAUAACAUACGAAGAUGAUUCACAGAGUUCAGAGGGUGAUCAGCAAAGUCCAGCCGGUCAAGAUUUAAAUGAAUCGACGACAGCGACGGCCGUGUCAGCGGCGACAACCAUCGCCGCAAUACCAUCGACAUCAGCAAUUAUUCCACUCACAAAUGAGAAUAACAAUACCGUUUUCACAACCGUUGUAACACAAGCCAAAUUACCGCCAGCCUACUAUCCAAUCGAUACAACGAUAACCAAACCCGCGCCGGUCGAACCGAUUCAAGUGAAACCAGAAACAACCAAUCUAUUCAACGAACUAUGCCAACAAGUGAUCACCAUUGAUAACCAACAAUUUGUACCAAAUAAGAGUGAUCAACAACAGCGCGUUACAUUGUUGCCAGCGUCAACCACUUCAUUUCAAGUGAUUGCACAGCCGGUGCAAAACAGUUGCAAAACCGAUGCACCCGGCAAACAUCGGAAAAAGAAUAAACUGAAACCGAUUUCAAAAACGCGUACAAUAAAAUUCCAUGAAUAUAAAGGGCCACCGAAUGCACAGAAAAAUGGGCUACUGUCGUUGCAACCGGAGGAAACAUCAUAUCAACUGUUGCUGAAGCAACAAAAUUGUCUUCUGGAAUAUCUUGAAGGUCUUCACAAGAAUUUACCGUCAACGAUAGCGGCAAACAACACAAAACCCAAUGUGCAAUCAGAAACACAAACAUUCUCGAUGAUAAAUAAUUUCAUGCAACAAGCAUCGCCGGCCACAUCAACAGCAUCGUCCACAAAACCAGCCAGUCCGAUAUCAAAUGUAUCCGAUACAAACACAUUGGAGCUGAGCAAAUUGGAAAAGAUGAAGGUGUCGGAUUUGAAAAUACUGCUGAAAACACGUAAUCUGCCCGUUUCCGGUCCAAAACCACAGCUUAUCGAACGGCUUCGGCCGUUCGUACAACCAGAAGUCAGCGAUAUGAUGACCAGUGAAAAUGGCACGAUGGACGAUGAUACUGAUAAUGCCAGCCGAAUUUCACCCAUUUCAAUGGAAACUGAUAGCAUGGAAAUGCAUGAACAGGCCAAAUCACGCAGCAAUGUGGAUUUGUUGCGCGAACAACAACGAAAAAUCGAUGAACUUCAACGUAAACUGAAAGAAAGCCAACAAGAAUUGCAACAAAUGCAAAUGAAACAAAGCCAAUCAUCGCCUGCAGUUAUUUUGACGCAGAAUGACGUCAUUCCGAACAAAACGGAAGCGUUGAAUCAAAAGCAAAUAUUCAAGCAACAAUUAGAGGCCAAAAUUCAAAAGGACAAACUACAAAAACUGGAAAACUUACAGAAAUUGCAAAUGGAACAACAACAACAGCAGCAGCAGCAGCAGCAGCAGCAGCAGCAGCAACAAGAGAUGCAGCGAAGGAAACAAGAAAAUGCGGUAAAAAUAAACGAGACGUUCGCACCAAAGCCAAUCGUAACGACCAAUUUUACCGUUGGCCCAACGGCAAAGCCAGCCAACGAAUUUGUAUGGAACGGCGAAUCGACCAUUUUGCUGGUGAAUUUUCCCGAUGACAAAAAGUAUGUGCUUAGCAGUAAUCCACAUGGUGGUGGUGGAACGAUGCAGAAUUUUCUGGUGCCAAUUUCCACCAAUUCGCCGAAUAUCAAUGCAAUUGUGAAGAAAAUCAAUUUAAGCACACAAAUUCAACCGCCGCCUCAGCCACCACCCGUUAAUUUGCAUCUGACGCAAAUAACGGCGCCCAAAAUUUCUAGUCAUCCAAUGAAUGUGGACACAAAUAAACAACAUAAUGCCAAUAAAAUGGAAAAUAUACUCGAACAGCAACAGCAACAGCAACAGCAACGGCAACGGCAACGGCAAUCGCCACAGCAGCAGCAGCAGCAACAACAACAAUCACAGCAACAAACGUUGCCAAGUAUUAACACAGCAAUUACGAUGGCUAAUUCAACUGAUCAUGCGCUACACAACGCCACGAAUUUGAAUAAUGUGCUAAUGAGCAAUGUGGCUGCCACACUUCCAUUUAAUACAACGCCAGUGAAAAAGGAAUUUUCGCUAUUCGAUUCGACAUCAGCAUCGGAUUCAAAUAUGAUUCCAAAUGAUUUGCUUCUCAGUGCGAAUGCGAUGGACACACUGUCGCCGAUGCCACAAUCAAAUUGCGAGGAUUCGUGCAACAGUUUCGAUUUGUUCUUAAGCGAAGCGGCUCAAUCGCAUAGCGAUGCUGGUAAAAUACAGGACCAUCAUCAUCAUCACCAUCAUCAUGACCAUGAUAAGUCGAUGCUUAUGGAUAUAAAGAAGGAGCAAACAUUGUCCAGUGCAACGAAUGAUCCGUGCUCCGUCGAUUUGAAAACAUUUGAUGACCUUGAACUGAUGGAACUGAUGGGACAGCAACUUGAUAUGGAUAUUAGUGAUGACAGUUGUCAACCGAUGACUGUUAUCAAAGAUGAACUCAAUGAUCGGGUCAGCAACAGUGGUUUGAAUUCAUCACAACAGCACAUGAUCACAUCGUGUCGACGUGACAUGAAUCCAUCACUUCAGCCAUCUCUAUCGGAGUUGAUACAACAACAGCAGCAGCAGCAGCAACAGAACCAGCAUCGAAUGCGGCCACAACAAUCGCUAAACAAUCACUUAAGCAAUCAUCGUAGUAAUAGUUCUAGCAAUAAUGACACAAACAAUAACCUAAGCAGUAGUUUAGAUAGUAAUCCAAACAACAAUCUAGUUGACUAUAACAAUCCAUUUUAUUUAGGUACGCAAAAUAAUCAAAUUACACCAGCGAGUGGUUUGCAUUUAGGUUCAAUGGACAUUGAAUAUUUUGAUAAUACAUUAGCCCAAUUCGAUUUUGCAUUGCCACAAUCAAGCACAGCAACAACAGCAACAUCAUCAUCGUCACCGAUGAAUCAUCAUCAUCAAUCGGUCGUAUCGUCAUCGGCCGUGAAUUUCGAUUCAAAUGAUUCACAUUUGGUGAAUGCAAUGAAUGUGCCCAGCAAUGCAAUGACAUCGACAGCAUCAUACUUCAAUCCAAACGCAAGCGCCAAUGUUAACAAUCACGUAUUGGAUUUGUUCAACAUUGACGAUUUCAAAAUGUCCGGUGACUCACUUCCAUGGAGCGAAGUUGAUUAUGCUGUUUGAAAUCGAGCGUGAUUAGCGUGGCAAACACACAUUCAACCACCAUUUCUUUUUCUCUGAUAUUAAUCUCCUGUUAACUGUAACUGGAAAUCAACUUAGAUUUUACACAAACAACAACACAACAAGUUUAUGACUUACAUUCACUUUCUCUGCGUCUCUCUUGUAGUUACUAAUUUUUAUCAUUACUCUUAUCAUCCACAUCAUUUUCAUUUUUUUUUUCGAAAUAAUUUAUCGCCUUUUUCUUACCAUAUCUUUUUUUUUUAAAUUUCUUUUUUUACAAAAAAGAAUCGUUUUUUUCUUCGCGCAAAAUGAGAUUUAUUGAGUAAAUCUAGCAAAUUUGAUUUUUUUUCUUUUUCGUCUUAAUAAAAGUGGAUUAAAUAAAAUUAAAUUCCAUUUAUGUACGGAACGAAAUUAUGAAGAGAAAGAAGGAACAAAAAACAACAUACAUAAUUAUUGUAGUUUUAUCCUGAUAACCUCAUGCAAAAAAAAACAAAAACAAACAAAUUGAAAGGGAUCACAUUUGCACGUGAUUUGGCCACUUAAAUCGAUGUAACAGCAACUUAACUCUAGAGUAGAAACUGACUAAUUUUUGAAUUGGCAGACGGAAAAUGGUUCCAAAUAAGUUGAAUCACAUCGCAUGAGAUUUCAUUGAGCUUUAUUCUAAAUUAAUAGGCAUUUACCCAUCCACACACACACACACACACAAACAUACACUCAAACUAGCCCAAAUUUUGUAUCGUAUGGAGAAUUUUUUUUAAAAACUAUUUUUUGGAAUUGGAAGCAGAAAAGAAAAAUCAGAGAAUUUGUAUAAAAAUGAUCUUUAAAUUAAAUAGUUUGGCAUAUCGAUUGGAAAUCGGUAGAAAUUUCAAUUAGGCAAAAGAAAUUUUUUUUAACCAAAAUUGAAUUGUAUUUUUCGUUCUCGCGUAUAUAUUUUGUUCUUGAGAAAUGAGAGACUAAAUUUACAUAAAUUCUAGAUGUACGACAAUAAGUGGCUAUAUAGACCGAAAAUUAAGAGAGAAAAAAAAGCAAAUAAGAUCCUUAGCAAAAA